CUGCGUGGAGAGCGGGUGGGCGGGGCUGGGGCUGUGGGUACCACCUCCUCUGCAACGCCGGGGCCGGGAGUCUUAGAACCGAGGGCCCGCAGGGGUCCCCGCGGCCGCUGCGAUGCAGAAAUACGAGAAACUGGAGAAGAUUGGGGAAGGCACCUAUGGAACUGUGUUCAAGGCCAAAAACCGAGAAACCCAUGAGAUUGUGGCUCUGAAGCGUGUCAGACUGGAUGAUGACGAUGAGGGCGUGCCAAGUUCAGCCCUCCGGGAGAUCUGCCUACUCAAAGAACUUAAGCACAAAAACAUUGUCAGGCUUCAUGAUGUCCUGCAUAGUGACAAGAAGCUGACACUGGUUUUUGAGUUCUGUGAUCAGGACCUGAAGAAAUAUUUUGACAGCUGCAAUGGUGACCUGGACCCUGAGAUUGUGAAGUCAUUCCUCUUCCAGCUGCUGAAAGGCCUGGGAUUCUGUCACAGCCGCAACGUGCUGCAUAGGGACCUGAAGCCCCAGAACCUGCUCAUAAACAGGAAUGGGGAGUUGAAAUUGGCUGAUUUUGGCCUGGCCCGAGCCUUUGGUAUCCCAGUCCGCUGCUACUCUGCUGAGGUGGUCACGCUGUGGUACCGCCCACCGGAUGUCCUCUUUGGGGCCAAGCUGUACUCCACGUCCAUCGACAUGUGGUCAGCCGGCUGCAUCUUUGCAGAGCUGGCUAAUGCAGGGCGGCCUCUCUUCCCUGGCAAUGAUGUGGAUGACCAGCUAAAGAGGAUCUUUCGACUGCUAGGGACACCGACUGAAGAGCAAUGGCCAGCCAUGACCAAGCUGCCAGACUAUAAGCCCUACCCAAUGUACCCAGCUACAACAUCCUUGGUGAAUGUCGUACCCAAGCUCAAUGCCACAGGGAGAGACCUGUUGCAGAACCUAUUGAAGUGUAACCCUGUGCAGCGCAUCUCAGCAGAGGAGGCCUUGCAGCACCCCUACUUCUCUGACUUCUGUCCCCCGUAGGCCCUCUGACCCCUGGUGGCCAGGCUGGGGCCUGGCCUAUUUAAGCCUCCCCUCCCGCCCAGGAGGGUGGAAAAGUGGGGUGUGGGAUGCUGAGCACCAGCUGUGCUGGAUCCAGCCAGGGUAGGGGGACCCUGGCCUGCGGUUUUCACUCCCUCCAUGGACUUUAUUUAAUUUCAUAAAUUGGCUCCUUUCCCACA